AGAGAAAAGCUCACUGAGAGUUUAGAUUUGCUUUCAUGCAUUAAAAUCUCUCUUUCUGCUCAAUCUUUUCCUCUUUCCUGACUCAUGCACCCGUUUUUCAAAAAACAAACUUUGAAUACUCAAGUUUUUGUUCAUGUUUUUUGUCUUUCAACUUUUUAUCGAAGUUAGUGAAAUUUACAAAACAAAAGAAACAAGUUCUUCUAAAGAAACCCAUGUUUUGUUGUAAGAAUAAGAUCAUCAAUGUAACUGAAAGCUUAAAAUGCUAUGAGCCUUUUUAGUUUUUGUUUCUUAUUCACAGGUUAUUUCCUUUUUAUUCUUUUUUUAGGUUAUUUCCUUUUUAUUCUUUUUUUUUUCUCGAAAAUAUGCUUAGGUUUAGAAAAAUAUAAAAUUAAGUAGUCCUAUGAUAUUUGAGGCUUAUAAGUUAAAUAUAUCUUGAGUAAAUGAAAUGGAAAAAGGAGAAAGAAAAAAAACAAACUUAUUAUUAUAGCUUGCUUUAUUUAAUUGUUCUUUCUCGUUGAGCCGUUUUGUGUUCAAAAAGAUACUUAAGUUGUAAAACCAUUAUAAAUGGGCAAGUAUCCUAUACUCUCUCUUCCUUAACUCUCUCUCUUUAACUUUGGUGAAUCUCCCAUAUUCGAGAAAAAAAUCUCAAUUCCAUCAGUCUCUCCAACAAGAAUCUAUCUAACAAAAUCAUCAAUUCACUUCCCAAGGAGGAUUAGAAGUCUAAGAAUCUUAAGGCAAAUUAAUGUCUCGACCGAGGAUCUCACCGCAGUUUCAGUUAUCGAAAAAGGAAAGGUUUGGAGACAACGAAGGCACGUCGAGGAACACGCGCCCGUCGAGACAGAAACAGGGGAAGUACAGUUUCACGAGGAAGUGUGGGAGAUUGGUGAAAGAACAGAGAGCUCGCUUUUACAUCAUGCGGAGAUGCGUCGUUAUGCUUAUUUGCUGGACUGAUAAUCACAAUACUUACUCCGACCACUACUAGCUAAAUCAAUCAUCAAAACCCUCUCUCUCUCUUCUUCUUCUUGCCGCAGUUUUUAGUCUAUGAAAGUAGAAUAGAGAUACAAAUGUACAUAAGGGAUUCUAGUUUCUGGUUUCAACGUAUUAGUUGUAAUUUAGAUUCGAAUGUCUGUGUUAUGUUUUUGGUCAUCAGUUUCAGUGUAUGCACUUGAAGUAUAGAUAAUAUAAUAUAUAAACAU